AUGACAAGCCCUUCUUUCUCCAUUUGUCUCAAUGGUAGUCUCUAUGGGUACUUUAAAGGGGCUAGGGGUCUCUGGCAAGGGGAUCCUAUAUCCCCUUACUUGUUUGUGAUUGUGAUGGAGAUCCUUGCGAGAAUUCUUGCUGAGAAGUCUACCCUCCCGGAUUUUAGAUUUCAUUGGCGGUGUGAGAAAACGAAGAUCAUCAAUCUUUGUUUUGCCGAUGAUCUUAUGAUUUUUUGUAGAGGUGAUGUCUCCACUCUUAGGGAGAAUAUCAUCAACAUUGUUAAUUUCGCUGAGGGUGUCUUUCCCGUUAGAUACUUGGGCGUCCCUCUUAUCACAACUAAGCUGAAGGCCUCGGAUUGUCACCAAUUGGUGGAGAGGAUCACCAAGAAAAUUAAGAGCUGGACCAGUGAAUGUCUUUCCUAUGCUGGUAGGAGUCAAUUGAUUCAAUCUAUUCUCUUCUCUAUGCAAGUGAACUGGACUUCCUUGUUUAUUCUUCCUAAGAAGAUUAUUAAGGAGAUUGAGAGCCUCUUAAGAUCUUUCUUUUGGUCUGGUAGUGUGCUUAGUAAGUUUGGGGCUAAAGUGUCUUGGGAUCAGGUUUGUGCUCCUAAGAAUGAAGGAGGUUUGGGAUUUAAGUCUCUGGAUGUUUGGAACAAAGCCGCUAUGGCUAAGCAUGUUUGGUUUUUAUUCUUGGGUGGUGUGCAAUCUAUGUGGUGUCAUUGGGUCCAUUCCUAUCUUCUUAAAGGUAGAAGCUUUUGGAGAGUGAAAGUUCCUAGCGACCCUUACUGGGUUUGGAGGAAAAUCUUAUCGCUUAGGCCGCUUGUUUUCCCCCUUAUUAAACACAUCAUUGGGGAUGGGGGCAAUGUUUUUCUGUGGCAUGACAAUUGGCAUCCAUUAGGUUCUUUGUAUGAUAGGUUUGGGGCUAGGAUUAUCCAUACCCUUCCUGAUAAUUCUAAGGUCAAUGUUAUUGUUGAAAAUAAUUCCUGGAAAUGGCCUCGGGCUGCUUCUCAGGUAUUAAAGGAGUUAAUUGACUCCACUCCCCCUUCUCUAGUUCCUCGCCAUGCCACUAACAGAAUUGUUUGGCUCCCUGCUACUGAUGGCAAGUUCUCUAUUAAUUCCACUUGGAAUCCCUGGAGAAAGUCUUUUGCCAAGGGUAAUUCUGUGGGUGCUAUCAUUUCCAGACUUGGGUUCACUUGCACUGUUUACCAAUUGUGGCUUGCUAGAAAUAACAAAAUUUUUAACAAUGAUGCUUACCCUGAAGAUGUUGUCAUAAAGCGGAUAAUGGAUAUGAUUAGGUUUAGAAUGUUGUCCAUAACCAACUUGAAAAAUCAUUCUAAUGACAGCUGGUUUCUAAACAAGUGGAGGCUACCUAUUUCUAUCUUGAAAGAGAGAUGUAGUGAUGGUAGCAGAAGAACUUUGAGUGAUGUAAGAUCAGAUAAUUGCUUACAAGCUGGAUUGAGUGUUGCUAUUUACCAUAAAUUGAGGGUUGAGUUUUGGUGUUUGACGAGGCUGAAGUUGUAUAAUGGGGCCUUCUCUUGUGGGUUGAGUGUUGAGAGACUUAUAUUGAGUGUUUCUGUUUGGCUGCUCUCUCAUUAUCUAUAUGGUUGGACAGGUUUUAUGGUUGCGGCUGUUAAGGAUGAUGGCAGGUAUGUUCAUGGCCCAUAUAUUUUGUCUAUGGGGCCCAUGAACAUUCUCUUUGCAUCAGCUAAUUCUCUUUUGCUUAGGGUGUUGUUUGUUGCUUCUGCACAUAUUUCUAUUAGGUUUUGGUUGAAGUUUUGA